CAUCAGAAACUGUUCAUGUUCAAUUCCAAUUGCACAAGGAGUGCAACUUUGGUGAGAGUUUCCUCCUGGUGGGAAAUGAACCUAUCAUGGGAGAGUGGAACCCUGCAAGUGCUAUACCUCUGAACUGGUCAGAUGGAAACAUUUGGACCGUUGAGCUGGAUAUGCCAGUUGGCAUAGCAGUCCAAUACAAGUUUAUACUGAAAAAAAUCACAGGAGAUCUAUCGUGGCAACCCGGUCCAGACCGAAUUCUUCAUACCUGGAACACCAAGAACAAUAUAGCCAUUGCUGAAGACUGGAAAGAUUCUGAACUUCAGAAAAUUAGUGAAGUGCAAAUUACGAAUCAAAACGAGGCGCUACUUGUAAACCCCGGCUUGGGACCAAUUGUUCCUGGGAAUGUGACUCUUCCAGGAGAAGAAUCUAUGCUGAACGUGAACAAGGGUGUAAAAGUUUCAGACAAGAUUGCCUCUGCAGAUGACAAGCCAACAUUUAGCAGCAACAAUGAGUUUGUUCUUGAAGAGAAGGCUAUCACAUCAGCAGAUGGAACUUUGCUUGGUAUAAGAAGGGAAGUACGUGUUUCAGACGAUGGUAAGUACGUCAUGAAAGAGGAAUCUAUAGGGAAGAUAACCCCAUCAACAGUAACAAGCAAGAUUCCGGGAAGUGUGGAAGAUGAAGAGACCUUGCCUACUUAUGAAGGAGGCAAUAUUCUGGUGCCUAGUUUAACUCCAAUACAAGGGGUGCCUUAUGAAGAAACAGUACCCAAAGAAUUUGGAAAACCAUUAUCUUCUAAAGAAACACUACCCAAAGAACUCGAAAAUUCGAUGGCUUCUAAAAAAGCAUUUAAAAAAGAACCUGAAAUAUCAAUGUCUGCUCAAGAAGCACUUCCAAAAGAACUUGGAAUAUCAAAGUCUUCUGAAGAAUCACUUCCAAACGAACUCGGAAGAUACAUGUCUUCUGAAGAACCACUUCCAAAAGAACUCGGAAGAUCCAUGUCUUUUGAAGAAGCACUUCCAGAAGAACUCGGAAUAUCCAUUUCUUCUGAAGAAGCACUUCCAAAAGAACUUAGAAAAUCAAUGACCUCUAAAGAAGCAAAAGAAGUCGGAAGAUCGAUGUCUUCUCAAACAGAGGUAGUACCCAAAGAACUCGGAAAAUCCAUCACUAGUGAUGGGUACAAUUCGGAUUGAUUCAAUAGAGGAACAGAGUCCUCGAUGAAUCAAGUCACUCUUUUCUUUACCUGUUUUUGCUUACAACUUUGUUUCUGUCUCAUUUGGAGACUGGAGAUCAGAAACCGGCUAUGAAACUGUAAAUAUGGCUUUCAGCAUUUGGUUGACAGCCUCCUUGUUUGAGUAUGCUUUCGCUCACCUCGAGCGGGUAUUUUUGUUUUUACCUAUAUAUAACAGCCUACUUGGUGAUCAUACAA